AUGUCUACCACGAGCGCCGCGCCCCCCGAGCAGCCCGCGGAGAAGCUCACCACCAACAUGAAACCCCAAGAAGUCGCCAACAAAUCGCCCCUCCCCGAGAGCGCCAGCAAGUCAUCUACAGCCUCCAGCGCCGCCUUGUCCGAUGUGCCCAACAAAUACGAGCUCGACCCAUGGCCCAAAUCUGCCGUCGAGAACCCCAACGAAUACCGCCCCGGCGGCUACCACCCAAUCCUCCUCGGCGAUCAUCUCGGCCCGCCCAGCAACCCUUCCCGCUUCCGCGUCUUCCACAAGCUUGGCUAUGGCGGCUUCGGCACUGUCUGGUUGUGUCAGGACAUGGACGAGAUGCGCAACAACAAGAAGUGGAAAUGGCGCGUCGUCAAAGUCAUGUCGGCAAAGGCGUCGAACUUGAAGGGAGGAAACGCGGAUCUCAAGGUCAUGGAAAUGUUCGAGGGAGUGGAUAGAGAGUUACUGAAGGAGAAGGGCGUGUCGAUUCCCAUGGAGAGUUUUUGGAUCAAGGGUCCCAACGGAAGACAUUUGUGCUUGAUGAUGGAGUGGUUGGGCCCGGAAACGACGGGGCUGGCCAGGUGCAUCGGGCACUGCGAGGGGAUGAUGAAGGAUAUUUGCUUUCAGCUGUUGGAGGCGAUGGAGUUCAUUCAUUCUAGGGGCCUCUGCCAUGGAGACUUCCGGCCGCAGAACAUAUUGCUGAGGUUGAAGAAUGGUGUUGAUGAGUGGUCGGAGGAGCAACUGCUGGAGAUCCUGGGUGAGCCCGAGCGUGGUACGGUGGUCGAGGAUGAUGAUCCGUGGGACUAUUCAAAGGGGAUGCCGCCCCCAUUGCUUAUGAAGGAACCAGAAGAGAUGCAACCUGUCAAAGGUAAUCCGAGCGUGCCUGAAUACCUGGUAGGCUGCGGCGACAUUGCUUACGGCUCUGGCUUGGUGUCGACAAAGAUCGCCGUGGUCGACUUCGGCGUCGCUUAUCCCUCUUCCGACCACCCGGCUCGGGGCACAUCCGGAAUCGCGGGUCCAUAUGCCUCUCCCGAAGAUCUGACAAGCCUGCGCGAGCUGAUCGGAAUCAAAGCCGACAUCUGGUCCUUGGCCGCAACCAUGUUCGAAAUUCGCUUCGGCUUCAAACCCUUCGCCGGGAACAACAACGCCCCCAGCGCCAUUCACCCCAUGGAGCAGGUCAUGGGCCCCGUGCCGCCUCCCUUCCGGGCUACAGUUCGAGAAUGGUACAAGCUUCCCGCUGAAACAGAAGAAGAGUUGCAGGGCAAGAGCAACGCAGAGCUGUCGUACAUCAAAGCCAACAGGGAAGAUAUGGAAAAGGACAAGAAGACUUACAUGGAAGAGCGGGGCGCAGGCGCAAAAAACUAUUUGCUCUUCUGCAUCUUGUAUCCCCGCAGCAUGCGCAUCAGCCCCGCGCAGGCAGAGGACAUGGCUAAGCAGGCCAAGAGCAACCCGGCACAGCUGCCCUUGUGGACUCCGAUCCCACGCAACCCCGACAGACGCGCCUUCUACACCCGAAAGGACUAUCUCAAAUACAUGGUUCCCGAGGAGGAAGUCGAGGUGUUCUAUGAUCUCCUCAUGUCCGUCUUCAAGUGGCAACCAGAGGAUAGAGCGACCAUUGAGCAGAUCAUGGAGCACCCCUGGUUUGAGGGCCGCAAGGAGCGCAGAGAUGCUGUCGUCAAACCCAACCUCACCACGUCGGAACUCGACAUUGUCGGUUCUAUCUCUACCAAGUUGGGACAAGCCAAGGCGAACAUCAGCAACUGGUUCAACAUUCUUUUCUGCAACAAAGAGAAGAAAAAAACAAUGGGUUCGAACAUCCUCUCGCGCUAUCUUUGGCAGCCCACUUUCAAGACCUUCGGCAAGAUCUCUGGGGUUCCCACUGCCAUCUUUUGGCUUCUCAUGAUUGUUCCGGCGGCGUGGGUUAUCAAGAGAAAGAUCGAUCGGGGUCGCAAUGUCUUCUCUCCCAGCAGCGUCAGGGGUCUUCGGCAUUGA